AUGGAAUUGGGCUUAAGUUGGGUGGUGUUUGUGGGUAUUUUUGGUGUGUUUGUGGCUCUAAAAUGGAUGCUAUGCAGUGUUAACCAAUGGUUCUAUGAGAUCAAGCUGGGUGACAAACGCUUAUCUCUGCCUCCAGGUGAUUUGGGUUGGCCUCUCAUUGGCAAUAUGUGGUCCUUCCUCAGAGCUUUCAAGUCCAGCAAUCCUGACUCUUUCAUCUCCACAUUUGUCACCAGAUUUGGACAUACUGGAAUGUACAAGACCUUCAUGUUUGGUAGUCCAAGCAUCAUUAUCACAGUGCCUGAGGCAUGCAGGAGAGUUUUAACAGACGAUGAAGCGUUUAAGCCUGGAUGGCCUACUUCCACACUGAAACUCAUUGGGAGGAAAUCAUUCAUUGGCAUUUCUUAUGAUGAGCACAAGCGACUACGUCGAUUAACAGCAGCACCAGUUAAUGGCCAUGAGGCAUUGUCCAUGUAUCUGAGGUACAUUGAAGAUAAUGUAGUGUCUGCCUUGGAUAAAUGGGCAGGAAUGGGAGAAAUCGAGUUCUUGACUGAGCUUCGAAAGCUUACUUUUAGGAUAAUCAUGUACAUUUUUCUAAGCUCGGAGAGUGAGCAGGCGAUGGAGGCCCUGGAGAGGGAGUAUACAGCUCUUAAUUAUGGAGUUAGAGCCAUGGCGAUUAAUAUCCCGGGAUUUGCUUACCACAAAGCACUCAAGGCACGGAAAAAGCUCGUGGCUACUUUUCAGUCCAUAGUGGAUGAGCGAAGGGAGCGAAGAAGGAAGAAUCCAACAACACCGAAAAAAGACAUGAUGGAUGCUUUACUGGAUGUUGAAGAUGAGAAUGGCAGAAGAUUGAAUGAUGAGGAAAUCAUCGACGUUCUAGUAAUGUACCUGAAUGCUGGUCAUGAAUCUUCUGGACACAUCACAAUGUGGGCUACUCUGUUCCUAGAGAAACAUCCUGAAUUCUUCCAAAGAGCUAAGGCGGAGCAAGAGGCAAUCGUAAAGAACAGGCCCCCUACACAGAAAGGUUUGGCGCUUAAAGAGGUUCGGGAUAUGGAGUAUCUCUCCAAGGUGAUCGAUGAAACACUCCGUUUGGUGACUUUCUCAUUUGUGGUCUUUCGAGAGGCAAAAGCAGAUGUCAAUAUAAGUGGGUAUACCAUUCCCAAGGGCUGGAAAGUUCUGGUCUGGUUUAGGAGUGUUCACUUGGAUCCUGAAAUUUAUCCCGAGCCAAAGGAGUUUAAUCCUUUGAGAUGGGAUGGUCUAACACCCAAAGCAGGAACUUACCUUCCAUUUGGAGCUGGAAGCAGAACAUGCCCUGGAAAUGAUCUUGCCAAACUAGAAAUUGCGGUUUUUCUUCAUUAUUUUCUGCUUAAUUACAAGCUCGAACGACUUAAUCCAGCAUGCCCCUUAAUGUACCUACCCCAUUCGAGGCCUAAAGAUAAUUGCCUGGGAAGAAUAAGAAGAGUUUCUUCUUCUUGA